UAUUUAUUUUUAUAUAAGAGCUGGGGUACAGGCCAGAGGCACAGGAAGGUGAGAGAAUUCACCAGAGACAGAGCAGUCAGAGGACAGAAAUACACUGCUGAGGGGAGCAGCGGGCACAACAGGAGAGGUCUACCCCGCCAUGUGGGAAUCUCCCUGGCCGCCUGGGAAUGGAACCAGCGCUGCAGAGGCUGCAGACAGCUUCACAGCACUGCGCUCAACCUGCUGCGCCACCGGGGAGGCCCACUCUGCCUUAUUUACGAAGCUUUUUGGCUUCUCUUCUUUCCUUGGAGCCUCGCCAUGGAGCGGCUGAGCGCUGCCAACUCCGCCUUCGCCCUGGCCCUGUUCCGCACCUUGAGUGAAGACAGCCCCGGUGGGAACCUCUUCUUCUCUCCGCUGAGCAUCUAUUUCGUGCUGGCCAUGGUCUUUCUGGGGACCAGAGGAAACACUGCAGCCCAGCUGUCCCAGACUCUUCAUUUUGAUGGGGUUGAGAAGGUUCAUUCCAGAUUUCAGAGUCUGAUCGCUGCUGUCACCAAGCCAGACGCCUCCUAUGUGCUGAAACUGGCUAAUAGGUUAUUCAGAGAGAAAACCUGUGUUUUUCUCCAGGAGUUCUUAGAUUCAUCUCAGGAACUGUAUGGCGCUAAGCUGGCCAGUGUGGAUAUUCAGGGCACCUCUGAAGGUGCCAGGAGGGUGAUCAAUGAGUGGGUCAUGGAGCAAACGCAAGGGAAGACUCUGGAAGUGUUGGCUGCAGAUGUGGGAGAUCACAUGACUGUGCUUGAGCUGGUGAGUGCCAUCUACUUCAAAGGCACCUGGGAGGACAAAUUCAGAAAAGAGGAAACCACCGAUGCCCCAUUCAGGUUGAAUAAGCGAGAAACAAAAAUGGUGAAAAUGAUGUACCAGAAGGAAUAUCUGCCAUUCAGCUACAUCCAGGAGCUCCAGAGCCGCGUGCUGCAACUGCCGUACAAGGGUGGGGAGCUCAGCAUGGUCAUCCUGCUGCCCGAUGACAUAGAGGACGAGUCCACAGGGCUGGAGAAGAUCGAGCAGCAGUUGACUGUGGAAAAGCUGCGUGAGUGGACCAAGACUGAGAAUAUGUGUCGUAGGAAUGUCCACGUGCACUUGCCCAAAUUCAAGCUGGAGGAGACCUAUGAUCUCAGCUCCAACCUGGCUCGCAUGGGUGUGGGAGAUCUCUUUAGCAGCAGCAAGGCUGAUCUGUCUGGCAUGACAGAAGCCAGAGAUAUAUUUGUAUCAAAAUAUACCCACAAGUCCUUUGUGGAGGUGAGUGAGGAGGGCACAGAGGCAGCGGCCGCCACAGCUGUCACAGCUUGGGGUUGCUCGAAGAUACAAGUGCAAAAUUUUGUUGCGGACCAUCCAUUUAUCUUCAUGAUUCGUCACAACUCCUCUGGCAGCAUCCUGUUCUUAGGCAGAUUGUGUUCCCCUUAGAGGCUAUCGAAAUA